AUGGCGAAGAGACAAGCUCCAAGUUUAGCAAGCUUGUGCCUCAGAGUUGUUGAGAAGCAUUUGGAAGAUAUUAUUCCUCACUUGACCCAUAUUGUCGUCAACUUUCUUCCACAUAUUAAGCAGGAGUUGUUGACUAAUGUUGAAGCGUUUGUGAAAAUGGCGACUUCUGGAGAGUCAGGAGAUAUGCCUAGAAGCUCU